AUGGUGGGCCGCACAUCGGUUGUGGCCUACGUGGUCUCCUCUUUCCUCGCGUGCUUCUUGUUCUUGGCUGACUACGCCAACACGUACCGUGAGUUCUACCCAGCGAUGGUCGCCUUGGCAAACUCGUCCUCCUUCCGGCUGCUCAUCGUCAACACCGCCAUCGCCUUUACCGUGGUGCUGUGGAUGGUGCUGCAGUGGUGCUUCUUUGGGCAGCUGAACGCGUCGGAGGAGACGGCGCUGCUCACGUCCUUCACGCUCUACACGGUGGAGUGCGUCGUGGUGCCGCUGUACAUGGACCAGCCGAUCAUAAGCGCCGCAAGCUUCUUCUUUCUUUUCACGCUCGCGUGGCGGGUGCUGCACAAGCUCGCGUCGGAGCGCGUCACGACACUGUCGACGAUGCAGAUGACGUGGGUGUCCGCGGCGCGCAUGCCGGCGUACCUGUGCUUCGCGAUCAUCUGCGACGUUGGGCUGCUGACGUGGAUGAUUAAAACACGGCCAGAGUUGACGGAGGAGAAGGCGUCGAUGCACUACUCCAUGAUUCUUAUCUACAUGCUGCUGUUGAGCUCAUCGCUGCGCAGCACGGUGCACUUCGCCAGCCUGUUCGUCCUCCGUGGCCAGCACACACUUCUUCCGUUUGUGGCGGACGCCGUCACGAGCAUUGCAGAGUCGCUGCUGUUCGUCAGCGUUUACGCGUAUAUUUUCUACAAGGCGGCGCUGCCACUGCUGCUCUUGCGCGGUUUCGUGGGGCAUGUGCUGCGAAUCUUCGAGAAGGCAUCUGGACUGGCCGAGUUCCUCGUCUUGGCUCGGCGGGUGCGGAACAGCAUGCCUGACGCCACUGCCGAGGAUCUGGCGCGCGACGUGCGAUGUACGAUUUGCUACGAGGACAUGGUGCCUGGUGGUGGUACGAAGCGGCUACCAUGCGGUCACUGCUACCACAUCGACUGCCUCGAGCGGUGGUUGGAAGGCCACUCAACGUGUCCGUACUGCAGGGCGAACAUCAUGCAGAUGCGCGGUGGCGACGACGCGGCAGGUUCACCUUCCGCGGAGGCCGAGCCGGCGCCAGCGGACGUGGUAGAAGGCGCGGCGGCACCUGAGGCUCAAGAGGGAGCCCCCGCUCAACAGCAGCCGACCGACACCUCCGACGACAUGGAGGCUGAAAUUCGCGAGGCGUACGAACGCUACAGGCAGCAGCUGCGCCCUCCGCCGCCAGCGGCGAAUGGCGCUGCAGCCACAGGCGGCCAACCCGUUGCCACGCGUGCAGGCAGCGGCUGUCCGCAUCGCACGACACUGCCUCCCUCAGACGGGGUGACGACCCCGCUGACGGCUGAUCAGCUGAAGAUGAAGGCGUACCAAAAGUACCACCAGCGCCUGCGAGAGGCGGAGCGGGAACUGCAAAUCGCUCUGCAGCUCGCUGACGAGGCGGGCCACGCGCCGUGA